AUGAACAUAAUUGAAGGGUGUGAAGAAUACCAAUUCGUCAAGAAAGGUUUCUUAAAGGGUAUGGGAUUUAUGGGGCAUGCCACAAAUGUCAUGGCCCUUCAUAAGAACAAUGUUUCCUUUAGUUUUGCAAGGCAAGCUCGUUUGGAUUCAUUUAAAAUUUUCUCUAAGGCAGUGGCAAUUAAAUGUGGAGGGGAUGCUAAUGUGAGGUAUGCUUGGUAUGGUGGCUCAUUGGAUGAACUCACAGAGAUUGUAUCCGUUGGAUUCAGCACUUGCAACAAUAAUGAUGAUGAUGAUGAGUCUUAUGGUGAUGGGUUUUCCUUAUUUUCUGCCAAUUUUUCCAUUGAUAGUGCUAUGUCUACGGUGGCAGAUGAGCAUGGUUUGAGGCAUGUGCUGUUAUGCAGGGUUAUAUUAGGGAAGGUAGAAGCUGUUCCUGCUGGUUCAAAGCAGAACCAACCAAGUUCCAAUCAAUAUGACUCAGGGGUGGAUGAUAUUUCAACACCCAAAAGACAUAUUAUAUGGACUGCUUUUAUGAAUUCAUACAUUCAUCCAGAUUAUAUUCUAAGUUUCAAGUUUAAUUAUAUGAAGGAGAUAUAUGGGGCAUUAAAACCUAGAUCACAAUAUGUGUCGUUUCCUAAUCUAGUGACUAGAGUUUCAAACCAUUUGAAUCCAUCACAAAUGUCUUUGUUACUCAAAAGCUACCGUCUUUACCAAGAACAAAAGAUUCCACGAGAACUAUGGAUAAACAAAGUUAGAUUAAUAGUAGGGGACAGAUUGCUGCAUUCAGUGAUCACAGAACCCAGAGACAAUGUGCAGCUUCUUUAG